UCACAAUAGGAAAUAGAACGUGAGUGAGAGAUCGGAAGGCAAGUCGGCGGUCCACGUACGCGUUUCUGGAGAACUUGAGCACCCCGAGACUGACGCUACUGGGAGAGCUCUCUGCACGUGUUGUCUUCUGCUGAGGAGAACACAAAAAGCUGCUGCUCUUCUCAGGACGGACCAAGAAGCCAUGAAGGAAACUGUGGGAAACUUAGACAAUUACCUGCUGAGUAAGGUGGACUUGAGGCGCCAGCAGGUUUCCCAGACUGUGGAGGAGGUGCAGAGAGUCAUCCACCGUUUAACCACAGAAAUCAGCAACCAGGACAUUAGAUUUCAAGCUGUGCCUUACUCUGAGACAUACAACGAGCACAUUAAGGUUUUGGCCCCCAGCCAGUUCUUUGUCACAGUCCCACUGAGAGGCUUGGCCGGGUACAGCGAGGCCCGGGAGCAGCGCUGGCGGUACUACACCUUGCAGGGCUCCAGGCUUCCCUGCCCCCUGAGAGGCCCAGAGGGCCUGCAGCAGUGGCUGGAGGUGAAGCAGUUUAUGAAGACCCUGUGGCAGUGGCACGAGGCAGAUGUGAACAUCGAGGGAGACAUUGUGCCUGCUAAGGUCCUCCAGGUGUUCCGGAAGCUGGUAGAAAACGCAAUGACAACCUGCCACCUCUCAGGCAAGGUCAGAAUGCUAACUCACCGCUCUGCUGUUUGGGUUGCCAUGGAAACAUCCACAUGUCAAGUGGAGCUAGAGCUGGUCCCCACAGUGGAGAUCCACAGGGCCUGGUCCAGGAAAGCCCAGUGGCCUCGAUGUCUGAAGCGUUGGCCUUCCCCAGACAGAGUGGAGUGCAUCAAGUCAUUUGGGUAUAACUUGUUGGCCUAUUCAAGUUAUCACUGGCAGCUGAGCUUCUUGCGGGCCGAGCGGGUGUUGCUAGAACAGCUGGAUGAAGACGGGGGCUGCCGCAGGAGGUGUCUUCAGGUCUUGAGACAGCUCAAAGAGGACGUGUGGUGCCCGGGGCGGAGACCGGUUAUCACGUCCUGCCAUCUGCAGACAGUGCUCUUUUGGACGUGUGAGAAAUAUCCCCACUCCAAAGACUGGCAGGACGUCGGCAAAGCGUUUCUACGCCUGGUGAGGAAACUGCACAAGUGUGUGAGCCAGCGCUUUCUGAAACACUACUUCGUCCCCACGACCAACCUCCUGCGCUGCGCCAGCCCGAGCGAACUGGACGCUGUGGCCCACAAGCUGGCCCUCUUCCUGAAGAACCCCCAGAUCAGCCUGCCCUGAGACCACUCCUGCCUGGGGGGCUCUCGGCCCUUCAUUCCGGCUUGAUCAUGUUCUCUGGAUGGUUCCUCAGUCAAGGGUCAGGAUCCUGCUCUGGAGAGAGGUGACCAAUGACAGAGGUGAUUUAUCAGCCCAGAAGCACUUCAGAGGGAGACGAUGAUGCCCGAGAGGCCUGAGCAGGCCUCCCUGGGGCCAAGCGGAGCAUUUCGGCCUAAGCUACCUCUCUUGGGGACGGCGCUCAUCAAGCCUCCCGCAGCCAGGGAUCCUGCACAGGCGACCCUCCUGAAUUUGUUUUCCCUUGUUCUGGAUGAGGGGAGACAGAGCCCUGGAAGGCCAGGCAUGAGCCUGCUGCCCGGGAGUGUUCACUGAACAUGCGUUCUCAGCUUUCCAGCUGUAAUAUGCCUCCCUCAGAGCGGGGUGUGAGCUGAUGGGGAGGCACUCGACCAGC